AUGUUCAAGAAAGACAUCACCUCCAAGCCGAAGCAGAAGCUCAAGUCUUCCGUCCAGCGCUCCCUCCGCGACUCGCUGCUCUCGAGCUACCCCCUUCUGAACCCCUAUAUCGAAGAAGUGAUGCCCAAAAAGGCCUCUCUCGAGCAGAUGAAGCUGCCCGACCGCUGCUCGCUCUUCGUUUGCGAGCAGCAGCCCCUCUUCUACCAGCAGGACAACGCCACCCUCGUCCCGCACCUCAAGCUCGUCCACCGCUUCCCGCAAGCUUUUCCGACAAUCCGCAUCGACCGCGGCGCCAUCCGCUUCGUGCUGUCGGGCGCCACGCUCAUGGCUCCCGGGCUGACGAGCGCCGGUGGGCGGUUGCCUGAGCCUCGGGAGGGCGCCGAGGGCGUCGACGAGGAAGGGAGGUGGAGCCGAGAGCUGGAGAAGGGUGAGCCGGUUGUUAUUAUGGCGGAGGGCAAGACGGAGGCGUGUGCUGUUGGGUUCUUGGUUGCCGGUACCAAGGAAGUGAAGGAUAAGGGCAAGGGGCCUGUGGUGGAGGAGGCGCAUUUCCUCGGCGAUGGUCUGUGGAGGCUCGGAACGGACUAG